UUUUUCAUCAAGCAUCCGGAGGAUGUUAACAUGGUGUGGCAUUGAUUCAGGGUGCCAGAAAAGCGUAGACGUCACCAGUGGGUCUGUAUCCUGGUUUUAACCAUGUGUUUAACAGAAGCAUCUUUAGAAUCCUGGAUCUUCUUGUCUAUUGUGGAUUCGGCAGCCCAGACCAGGCCUAUUCCAUGCUGGUGCAUGAUGGGAUGUACGCAGCCAAGCAGGAUCUCUGUCUUGUAUGUGUGAUGCGUCAUUUGAUAUAAGCUGCAGAACAGCAUGUGCCCAAGGAUAUUUGCAGCCUAAUUUUCUAUCAUUAUGGCAUAUACACAACUCAUUAGAGAUCCCCUCAUGGACGGUCACGAUUGUGUUUAUGUUGCACAUUGUCAGUACUUACAGCAAACAGGUGUCAGUUUAAGCCAUCGGGCCCCCGGCCAGGCCAGGACUUGUGGUUAUAAUACAGAUGUAAAAUGCAUCCAUAAUAUCCUUAUGGGAAAUACGCUUGAAGGGGAAUACAUUCCUCAGAAGGAGCCAAAAAACAUGAAGACAUGGGUGAAGUGGUUGCUCGGACUUCUGGUUGGGGCAGUGGUUGUGGUUGCCAUCGUUGUUCCUGUGGUCCUGCUGGCAAAUAAAGGAGAUGAUUCUCCAGACAGCCGAAGGACAUACACAUUGGAUGACUAUUUUGGUGAUCAGUUAAGGUAUAGAUCCUAUGGACUGCAGUGGAUAUCAGACAACGAAUAUCUCCAUCGGACCCGGGAAUAUAAUGUUAUUAUACACAACUUGGACACAGAAGAGACAAUAACACUCUUGUCAAACACCACAAUAGAUAGAAACAAUGCAUCAUUCUAUGAGCUGUCAGAAGAUAGGAAAUAUGCCCUGCUGCAGUACAACUAUGAGAAGGUUUGGAGACAUUCAUACACAGCCUCCUAUCGCAUCAUUGACGUUGACACAAAACAGUAUAUAACUCAAAAUGAACUACAUCCCAUGAUCCAGUAUAUCACAUGGUCUCCUGUUGGUCAUAAAUUGAUAUAUGUUUGGGAUAAUGACAUUUACAUCCGAGAGUCUCCAGAGCUGCCGAGUGUCAGACUUACAUUCGACGGUGAAAAUAAUAAAAUCUUAAAUGGAAUACCGGAUUGGGUGUAUGAAGAGGAAAUGUUUUCAUCGGAAAACGCUAUAUGGCUGUCACCGGGUGGUCAAUUCCUGACCUAUGUUCAGUUUAAUGACACAGAUGUUCCCAUUAUAGAAUAUACAUUUUAUGGAGAUGAAUCUGAACAGUACCCACAGACAAUUCAUAUCCCAUAUCCAAAGGCAGGAGCGAAGAACCCCACAGUGAGGGUGUUUACUGUGAAUAUACAGUCUCUGAACAACCUAACACAGGUGGAAAUGUUCCCACCAGGAGACAUAAGCUCUGGAGACCACUACGUGAGCGGGAUAACUUGGGCUACAGAACAAAGACUGGCCAUCCAGUGGCUUCGAAGGAUUCAGAAUGUUUCAGCUUUUUCAAUGUGUACCCACGUGGACCCCGAUUGGGUCUGUCAAACAACUUCACACGAAGAAAGCACAACUGGCUGGGUUGGAAAUUUUCAGCCAAGCGAACCAUAUUUUACCUCAGGAUUUAGAUAUUACAAGAUCAUCAGCAACAAAGAUGGAUACAAACAUAUACAUUCCUAUGCUUCAGGGAACCCGGUUGAAGUAACAAAAGGAAAUUUUGAAGUCACCAGUAUAGUUAAAAUAGUUGGCGAUGAUCUUUAUUACAUAAGCAAUGAAGGAACUCCAUCAAAAAGACACCUAUACAAGAUGAAGUUGGUUUACCCUCAUACCUCACAAUGUGUCACCUGUAACCUGCGUCCUGACAGAUGUCAACAUUAUUCUGCAUAUUUUAGCAAAAACGGAAAAUACUAUUCCCUCAACUGCAAUGGUCCAGGAAUCCCAAUCUAUACUCUUCACAACAGCACCAAUGAUACAGAAAUAAAAAUUUUGGAAAGUAACGAACAACUGGCAGUCUUGCUUGAGGACAUCCAAAUGCCCACAAAAGAAAGAAACAACAUAACACUUCAUGGAUAUAAUUUGUGGUAUAUAUUGACCCUGCCUCCUCACUUUGAUAAAACCAAGAAAUACCCUCUACUGAUUGACGUAUACGCAGGUCCCUGCAGUCAGAAGGUUGACCAAUAUUUCAGGCUAAACUGGGCUACCUACCUUGCCAGUACUGAGAAGAUUAUUGUGGCCAGCUUUGAUGGCCGAGGGAGUGGAUAUCAAGGUGACAAAAUCUUACACGAGUUGUAUCGAAAGCUGGGAACGGUAGAGGUAGAGGAUCAGAUUGCGGCUGCCAGGGAAUUCAAGUCUAUGGGAUUUGUUGAUGAAAGCAGAGUAGCUAUCUGGGGAUGGUCUUAUGGUGGUUAUGUAACGUCGAUGGUGCUUGGCAGUGGAAGUGGCGAGUUCAAGUGUGGAAUUGCAGUAGCCCCUGUAUCAAGCUGGCAUUAUUAUGACUCAAUUUAUACAGAAAGGUACAUGAGCCUUCCCACACCUGAAGACAAUCUUGUGAAUUAUGAGAAUUCAACGGUCAUGCAUAGAGCAGCUAAGUUUAAGGAUGUGGGAUACCUUCUAAUCCACGGCACAGCAGAUGACAAUGUUCACUUCCAACAAGCAGCACAAAUUUCCAAAGCUCUUGUUGAUGCUGGAGUGGACUUUGAGACUAUGUGGUACACCGAUAAAGACCAUGGAAUCGGAGGGCUGGCCAGCAGGCACAUCUACACCCAUAUGAGUCAUUAUAUAAAGCAAUGUUUCAAUCUUCAAUAACAGUGAACAAAUCCAAUAUGGGACAUUGACCUAAAUUUACACUGUGACAAAUAAAGGGACACUCAUUUCUUCAAAACCGUUGUAAAUAAACAAAGAUCGAUAAAUUCAGAACCAAAAUUUCGACGUCAAAGACACAACUUUUGUAACUUCUGCAUCGAUGAAUAUAACACACAGUCUUAUGGACAUCCACUCCUUGUAGGAUACAUGAAUUUUAAGAAACGAGAUCCUAUUACGUAAUUUAUAGUGGAUGAAUAAUUAGGAAGAAGAACUAUUUAUAUGUUGGUGUAAACUCCUCAAAUGACAGGAUGAAUUGGCCGCAUUAAUAUACAUAUUCCUUUAUACUGCGAGAGAUGUGAUCUUCAGGGAAUACUCAAACACUUGGAAUUGUUCCUCAUGUUUAUGAAUUUUUAACUAGUGUCUAAUUAAAACAGAAUGUACUCAAUAAUAUUGUCUUAAUUAGCAAACCUAUUAAGCUUGUCUUAAAUUCAAGAAAAAAUGAAAAUGGGUUAUGGGCAGAUCAUUUUCAGUUUAACCCAUUACUUAACACUGUACAAACCUAGAAAUUACCCAGAAGCCAUGCUAGCCAAGUCUUACCCACACAAAAUUAGUUGUACAAUUGGCAGUAAUUGCUCUUCUUUUUACUAUGAGAUAGUCAUUUUGUUAGUUAACCUUCAUCUCUGCAUUAAAAAGAAUCUGUAGAUAUGCCAAAUAUUUUGUAUGAACAUAUUUUGGGAUGUUUAGUUAUUGUGUUAAACACAUUGGCGACUGUUAUUGAAGAAGAGACCAUCGUUUAUACGGUAAAUAUUUAUAAAAAAAAAGAUUAUCAAUAAAAAGAAA